UCCAAUCAACUAAUUACUCUAUUUACCUUAAUUGUUAUUAUAUUUUUCUGAUUAGUUUACUCUUUUAUCUACUUACCAUCUCAACGAAUUAAUUUAUUUCUGUUUUCGCCUCUAAUGUGAUUAAAAGAAGAGAAAUUUGAUUGUUUAAAACGUUCGCUUCUUGUUUAACCAAAGUGAAUUUGGAGAACCUUAUUGCAAGUUUUGCUUUUCUUUUUCUUUCAUCAUAUUUGUCACUUGUCAUUUUGAUUUCUCUCUGUUCAUCUAAACCAUGACUGAAAAGGGUAAACCUCAAUAUGGCGGUAUUUCUGGUACGCAAUCGAAUGGUGUCAAUGAUAACAAUUGGGAUGAAGUGAUUAACAAUUUUGUUUUACCCAAUGUAACUACUAAUAUAACACAGCAACCAACAGGAACACUUAGUCAAGCUGAGUUACAGAGACGACAGGAAGAGCUUGAGAAAAAAGCUGCUGAAUUAGCUGCUCGGGAAGAAGCUCUUAGAAAUGCUUCAACUAACAUUAAAGAAAAUAAUUGGCCACCAAUACCUAAAUUCUGUCCUGUUGGGCCUUGUUUUUAUCAAGAUAUAAAUGUUGAUAUUCCACCUGAAUUUCAAAAGAUAGUUAGAUAUGGUUAUCGUUUAUGGAUUCUUAAUGUAUUAGUUUUAUUUACUAAUUUUCUUGGUGGAUUAGCGAUUUUCACUGUUGAUGGUGAUCAUGAUAUAUUUUCCUCUUCGAUUCUAAUGUUACUCUUCCUGGCUCCAGGUUCAUUCCUCUGCUGGUUUAGACCUUUAUACAAAGCUUUUCGAAGUGACAGUGCUGUUAAUUUUAUGAUUUUCUUCUUUGUUUUCUUCUUUCAAUGUAUUUUCUCCGUUUUCUGGGCCGUUGGUUUGCCAACUGGUGCUUCUUGUGGUCUCAUUACCGCUUUCAAGGCACAUGAAAGUAUCGCUUUAAGAGUAUUCAUCUGGAUUGUCGCUGUCAUUUUAAUCAUCAAUGCUGCAGCCAACAUACUUAUUUUACUCAGAGUACACAGUAUUUAUCGUCACACCGAUGCUACACUUGCUAAAGCCCAAGAGGAGUUUCGUCAAAAUGUUUUCACCAAUGACUUUACUCGUCAAGCAACAAGCGCUGUGGCCACAUCAUUAACUCGCUCGGCAAUGAAUCAAGCUUUCGGUGGAACUGGUACUGGACCAGCGACCGGACCAGCUACUGGAUUAGGUAACCAAGUAAACUCCUCAAAUGGUGUAAAAUUUUAAAGUGAACAAAAUUAAUCAAAAUCUCAAUUCCACAAGUAAUCAUCACUUUCCAUCUCAACCAUUUAUCAUCAUUAUGUAUCAUCAUCCACCUACUAUACACACCUUAACAAUUGUUGGUUUUAUGAAAGAAAAAAAAAAUGAUAUGAUCACAAUUAUUAUUAAUUAACAUAAUCAAUGAGAAGAUAAUUUGUAAUCUCAGAAACAAACAAUCAAUUUAUAAUCAACACAAAAAUCUAAUUAUCUCAAGUAUCCUCCAUGAAUUUGUUUCAAACUCAACAAAUUGAUUCCAGUUCUAAUUAAUUCCAAUCGGGAACACAAGCAAAGCAUGAGAAGCAAUUCUACUGAAUUAUAAGAUCUAUUCUGUUUAAAUAACUUCACUUUCAUCAAUUGGAACUCCAAUUAUAAUAAAAUCAAAUCAAACUACCA